GCCCCCUUUCCCUCUCCGUCCCCGCCCCCCGUCCAAGACAACACCAACUAUACACGAUGCCGGCCGUCCGCUCUUUUCUGCUUCUCGCCGCCACCGCACUCCUAUCGUCCCAAGCAUCCGCACACCCGCACGACAGCCAUGACCACGACCUCCCCGUUGCCCGCGCCCUCCCCUCGCGCUGGUACCACCCCGAGGACCACCCCGCAACUGGCCUCUUCCGCCGCGCCGACGUCCCCAGCGACGGCGUGACCUAUGCCGCCGUCGGCUCCCCAGAAUGGUCCGCCGGCUACCCGCCCGACAAGGUCGACUCGCAGCCCCUGCCCCAGGCGUGGACAGACGCGCUCGCCGCGGCCGUCAAGGCGGGCAAGAUCCCCGACUUCCCGCCCUCGCAGAACGUGCCCGGGCAGAACCCGGUGUACCCCAACGGCUUGGACCCGAACGGCGACGUCGUCUGCUCAGCCACUGAAAAGUGCCGUAACUCGGGCGAUAUCUGGGACGCGCCCGACGGCGUGUUCGCCUCGAGCUUCGACGAUGGUCCUACGGAGUUCUCUCCUGCGUUGUACGACUUCCUGAAGACGAACAAUGUCAUCACUACCCACUUCAUGAUCGGGAAGAACAUCAUCGACAACCCUACCGGCUUCACCCAGGCAUUUGAGGACCUCCAGAGUGAUAUCGCCGUCCACACAUGGACGCACCCCUACAUGACCACCCUCACCAAUGAGGAGGUCCUUGGCGAGCUCGGCUGGACCAUGCAACUCAUUCACAACUCGACUGGCGGACGUAUUCCCAAAUACUGGCGCCCCCCUUACGGCGACUCGGACAACCGUGUCCGCGCGAUCGCGAAGGAGGUUUUCGGCCUGACUACCGUUAUCUGGAACCAGGACACUGAGGACUGGAGCGUCGGCUCCCCUGGCGGUGCUACCCGCCCUGAGGUCAACGCGAACCUCGAAAAGUGGAUCACUGGCCCCAAGUCGCCCGGCCUCGUCAUCCUCGAGCACGAGCUGAGCAACGACACCGUCGGCGCGUUCAUGCAGGCGUUCCCGCUCAUCCAGCAGAACGGCUGGAAGUUCCAGAGUCUCGCGACCAUGGACGGCGGUGACGUCUACCAGAACUCGGCCAGCUCGACCGAGGACGUCACCCCCGGCCUGGUCGGCAUUGCCGCUUCUGCACCCGCCUCUUCCGGCAGCUCCGCCUCGCAAACCGGCUCCGCCACCGGCUCGAGCGCAUCAACGUCCACCACGAGCACGCCUGCCGGGAACAACUCUGGGAAGAGCACGAACGGCACGAGCAGCGCAUCGGGCAGCUCGACCGCCGCGAACGGCCAGGCGACUGGCGCCGCCGCGGACACGAACUCGGCCGCGUCGCUGUUCGCGUCCGGCCUCGUGAUGGGCGUGUCCGCGCUCGUCGCCGCCGCCGUCCUCUUGUGAUCCGCCCCGUGCUAGAACUGGUCUGGGAGCGUUUGGACCCUCUCUCCUCGGAUUUUUUCCACUCGGGACUCUGGGUACGUGUGCGGACACAGUGCCAUGCUACUCUACGGCUCGGUUCGGCCAUCGAAAUUUACCCACCCCUCACACAUACGCGAGGCCACCCUAAUCCGUCGCUCACUCACUUGCACGUAUUUAUGACCGCCGCCCGCGCGCCGGUGUACGCCAUCUUGCAUUAGUCGCCCCGCACGCACCGCAGACUGUGUAGAGUAGUACCCCCUUUACUGUCGCGAUAGGAUAUCCUUCCCGCUGCUUCCCUGUUUUCGCCUUGUACAUCUUCGGACAUUCCCCUCUCAUCACUUACGACCUGUCAUGGACUCUCCGCCUCCGCCCCUAGGGCCUAAUCAAUCCUCGUGCUUACCACCUACACUCUUUUUCUUCACACCACCACCACCACGACACGCGUCACACCAA